CUCUGCAGGUGUUCACCUGUGCUCAGGAGGGGCAGGAGGACCUCCCGGAGCUCAGUGACGUGUGCACAGAGGGCAGCUGUUACCCGGCAACAGGAGACCUUCUGAUUGGCCGAGCCCACCAACUGUCGUCCACCUCCACCUGUGGACUGACCCGCCCCGAACCGUUCUGCAUCGUGAGCCACCUGCAGGAGGAGAAGAAGUGCUUCCUGUGUGACUCUCAGUCUCUCUACGACCAGCUGACAGGACAGAGCAGCGGCCAUCGAGUGGAGAACCUGGUGACGACCUUUAAUAACAGACUGAAGACCUGGUGGCAGUCUGAGAACGGUCUGGAGAACGUCACCAUCCAGCUGAACCUGGAGGCAGAGUUUCACUUCACACACCUCAUCAUGACCUUCAAGACGUUCCGACCCGCUGCCAUGUUGAUCGAGCGCUCGUCGGACUUCGGGAAGACGUGGCAGGUUUAUCGAUACUUCGCCUACGACUGUGAGAGUGCGUUCCCGUCCGUCUCCCAGGGGCCCAUGCAGAAGGUCGAUGACAUCAUCUGUGACUCGCGUUACUCCGACAUCGAGCCGUCCACCGAGGGAGAGGUGAUCUUCAGAGUCCUGGACCCGGUGUUCAGGAUCGAAGACCCCUACAGCCCCAGAAUCCAGAACAUGUUGAAGAUCACCAACCUGCGGGUGAAGUUCACCAGACUGCACACGCUGGGGGACAAUCUGCUGGACUCCCGGGUCGAGAUCAAGGAGAAGUACUACUACGCCAUCUUCGACAUGGUGGUGCGAGGAAACUGCUUCUGCUACGGACAUGCAUCUGAGUGCGCCCCCGUGGAGAGAGACCGCCAGACCAGCGAAGGCAUGGUUCAUGGACAUUGCAUGUGCAACCACAACACCAAAGGUCUGAACUGUGAGCGGUGUCAUGACUUCUACCACGACCUUCCCUGGAGACCUGCUGAGGGCCGAAACACCAACGCCUGCAAGAAGUGUAACUGUAACCAGCACUCGGACUCCUGUCACUUCGACGAGGCGGUGUUCGUGGCGUCGGGAAACGUGAGCGGGGGGGUUUGUGACGAGUGUCAACACAACACGGCAGGAAACAGCUGUGAGCGAUGCAGACCGUUCUACUACCAACAUCUGGAGAAGGAUGUCCGGGACCCCAACAUCUGCCAGCCCUGCAGCUGUGAUCCUAUUGGUUCUCUGAAUGACGGCCUCUGUGAUUCGCUGACGGACGUUGGUCUGGGGCUGAUCUCUGGUCAGUGUCGCUGUCGAGUGAACGUGGAGGGAGAGCGCUGCGACCGCUGCCGAGACAACACGCACGGGCUGAGCAGGGAGGGGUGCACAGGUAGACGUCUCAGGACUAUUAUUGUGUAUAUUGUGUAUUAUUACUGUAGUAUUACUGUGUUUCAGUGUGUAUCAUCAUAGAUAGAAUUGAUAUAAUUGGAGGGAUGAAACCCUCUUUAAUGGUCACACAUGCAGAGCACACAGCACACACAGUGACAUGUGUUCUCUGCUUUAACCCAUCCUAGCACCAGGAGUCUAGUAGUAGG